AUGGCCUUGUAUCGUUGUUGUGAUGGUGAUUGGGAGCGACUCAGUAUGAGCAGAAAGAUCCAAACAGAGGACCUUCAGAAGUUUCUCGAUUAUGCUGCCUUGUUCCUGUCCAAUAUUGGCAAUUACUUCUCGCUGUACUUAACACUCCAUCCAGGGCUCAGGAGACCAAAAGUUCGUGCCUGGAAUGCUUCCGGCUAUCCUGCCGCUGGAGAGCUGCUUAACCGCGUGAUGGAACCCAUGUUUCAACUGCCUCCGAACAGUUUGGGGCAUCCCGGUCCCUUUACUCAGACUAGGUAUUGUCUUGGAGCAGACUGUCUAGCAUCCUCAGAGGACGUUGCUUCAAUAUCGAAGCUUAUGGAGGAUCUAUCGAUUCACCCUGAAAACACUCGCUUGAGGAGAUAUCGAGCCUCCGGCCGUGACAGUUACGACAUUUUACAAGCAUCAGUCGUCGAGAGCAAGUUUAUUUGCAACACUGGCGAUGAGCUGUCAACAAACGGGAAACGAAUCCAGCUGAUAAGAGGCGAUCACAAGGACGAGCUUGAGCAAAUAUGCCAGAGCUUGCGUCAAUCAAUCAACUAUGCGUCAAACCCUGCACAACAGCUACUGUUGCGAAAGUCUAUGGACAGCUUCCUGGUUGGCGACCUGGAGCUUUAUAAGAAUGCCCAAAAGAUUUGGGUAAUUGAUAAGGCCCCGUCAGUGGAAACCGUUAUUGGCUUUAUUGAGCCUUACCGAGAUCCGCUAGGUAUCCGUGCCGAAUUUGAAGGAAUAGUUGGAAUACCUGAUCCUACAGCAACCGAGACACUAAGGAAGCUGGCAAGCGUGGCGGACAAGUUUGUCUUCAAGCUGCCUUGGGUAGAGGGGAAUGGUGGAAGAAAGGGCCCGUUCGAAAAAGAGCUUUUCGACCCUCCAGACUUUUCAAGCGUUCAAAGGAGAAGAUUGACAGUUGGCGCAAUCAAGGUCUCGCAUAUUGUUCGAGUAUUAUUUUCCAGGGAAUCAAUCUACCGAAUGCUACAAGAUAUUAUUUUCUCCAAUCGUAUGGCUGCUGAAAGAAUCCGGCCCAGAGGUUUGCAUAUGGUGAAUGAAGCCGAGCGAGAAACUUUUCGGAGUCACCGGUUUCAUUCCUACUACAUUUGGGUUGUCCUACAUGCGAUCUUGGGACAUGGCACCGGAAAGUUUCUUACUGAAAUUUCCAAGGGGAAUUACAACUUUGAUCUGACAAACCCACCCCUUAACCCGCUCACUGGAAACCCGGUCAGUUGUUGGUAUCACUUGGGUCAAACUUGGACCGGGGUAUUCGGUGAUCUUGCGACGACUGUGGACGAAUGCAGAGCAGAUCUCGUCGGGGCUUAUUUGAUUGAUGAGCCGGGUAUACUGACGCUCUUCGGCUAUACGGAUCAGAGCGAGAUUAAAUGUCAAGAUCUUGUCUACAAUCUGUACUUACAGCUGGGCAUUGAUGGACUCCGAGGGUUGGAAAAUUAUGAUCCUAUCACAGAACACUGGGGCCAAGCACAUAGUCGAGCUCACUUCGCUAUAUUUCGAUAUCUACUUCGCAACAGCGAUGGUCUUUACACGGUUCUUUGCGAUCCCGUCAAUCAAAAAUUGACAUUGAACGUUGAUCGGUCAAACACGAUUCAAAAGGGUAAACCGUGUUUGGGCCGAAUGCUCUUAACGUUGCACAUCUAUCGUUGUACGGCUGAUAUCUCCCACUGCCGAGAAUUUUACGAGGAUCUUUCGCAUGUGGAUGCCCAAGCGUUGCAAUGGAGGGACAUCAUUCUCUUCCAUAAAGAGCCUCCAUUAGCAUUCUGUCAUGCAAAUACUUUCCUCCACGGAGAUCAAGUUCGUUUGAAAGAGUACGAACCCACAGCCCAGGGCGUGAUUCAAAGUUGGGCGGAAAGAGAAAUAUAA